AUGGUGAGAACCGUGGACACAAUCUCAGGGCGCACGGGGAAUGUUGAGCGUGCAGGAGAGGUCGGCCAUGGCAACAGCAUCGCUAGGGUGGGAGGCGAAGAGCGCGGGGGAGAGCUUAAAGCCACGGUAUCAGUUAACCUAAAGCCUUUCCUUAACAACCUAUCUGGAAAGUUUGUUAUCGUCAAACUGAAGUGGGGUAUGGAGUACAAAGGAUACCUUGUUUCUAUGGACUCUUACAUGAAUCUGCAGGUUGCUGAUACAAACGAGUAUAUUGAUGGGGAAUUCCAUGUAAACCUUGGAGAGAUAUUGAUCAGGUGCAACAAUUUUAUGUUUAUGUGUGGCGUUCCAGAGGAUACUGAGAUAGAGGAUGCAGCGUAA